UAACUCAUGAAUAAUUAAUUUACUUUUGCUUGCGUGAAUUCCCCCAGCGGGGCGGGUUUAUUUUCACAACCCAAAAGCUUCUGAUCGCUGACGUACUAUCAGGCCACGGCGUUCCCCGCUCUCUGAUUGGGCCGCGGGCCUGGUCUCAUGACAACAACAGGGGCGCAUCGACCAAUCGGCGGCCGCCCUGGCCGUCGUCCGGUGUUUGUGUAUGACAUCAUUGUGGAAGAUCAAAAUGGUCGCCUGUGUGUUGUUUUCUGGUUCGGGUCUGUGAGGCAGCCGCUAUCUAGUGGCGAAUGGCGUUAGUUUUUUAAAAUAAAAGGAUUAUUUAUAUUUUUAAAACGUAUUUGGAGUGUUUUUUUUAAACGAAACGGUUUCGGUAGAAGCGGCAGGGUUUGAGUUUUCGUCUCUCAAGCCCUCCCGACUUCACCGUUUUGAAAAAAAAAAAAAUCAUGGACAGCGAUUUUUUGACAUCGACGCUGGAAAACAUGGACCCGUCGUUGUCGGAGCUUGGAGGUGAAUUUACCCUGGGGGACAUUGACGAAAUGCUGCAGUUCGUCAGCAAUCAAGACUUCCCUGAUAUUUUCGAUGACCAGCGACAGCAAACGCUGACCCCCUGUACCCCCCUCCCCCAGCUACCCCAAAUCCCUCCACAAACGCAACCGCAGCAGCAGCUGCUGUACCAAGUCGGCAGCACCUCCCAGCUGUCCCCCAUCGUCCAAUCCCCGCAGCCCCUGACCCUAAGCCCCGCCCACCUGACCACCGUGGGCCAAUCCCCGCAGCCCCUGACCCUGGGCCCCGCCCCGAGCCCCCCUCAGCUGGUUCCGGUGGCCUCGGUGCAGCGCAGCGCCCCCUUGCUGCAGCCCCGGCUCCAGCAGAUCCAGCCCCAGGCUGUCAUGUUCGCUCCCGGGUUCAGCACCACCUCCUCCCAGACUCGCUUCAUCCAGCACCCUGUCAUCUACCAGAGCAGCCCCUCCACCAGCUUCCAGGUCUUACAGCCUCAAGUUCAGAGUCUGGUGACCUCCUCGCAGGUCCAGCCAGUCACCAUCCAGCACCAGCUCCAGCCCCAGCGGGUUCUGACCCACACCGGAACCGGAACCAUCCAGACCCUGAGCACAGCUCCCACACAGCAGGUCCAGCAGGUCCAGCAAGUCCAGCAGGUCCAGCAGGUGCUGGUCCACCAGCCCCAGAACUCCCUGGUUCUGACCACCCUGAAGCCCGAUGGGACCCAGGUUCUGUCCACCAUGCAGAACCCAGGCAUCACCACCCUGUCCCACCCACUGCAGACCCUGAUGGGCGGCAGCGGAACCAUCCUGACCACACUUCCUGUCGUGAUGGGCGGGGACAAGGUGCCGAUCAAGCAGCUGACCUCGUCGUCGGCGACGCUGGCAGGGGGCGGGGCCGGGGAGUUCGGGGGCGGGGUUGUGAAGGAGGGGGAGAGAAGGACCACCCACAACAUCAUAGAGAAGAGAUACAGAUCAUCCAUCAACGACAAGAUACUGGAGCUCAAGGACCUGGUCAUGGGCAGCGACUCCAAGGUGCACAAGUCAGGAGUUCUGAGGAAGGCGAUCGAUUACAUCCGCUACCUGCAGCAGGUGAACCAGAGACUGAGGCAGGAGAACCUGGCACUGAAGAUGGGCAACCACAAGAACAAGUUGAAGAGUGUGGAUCUCUCCUCUCUCCUGGACUCCGAUGUUGAGAUGAAGACUGACGACUUCAAGCAGAACCUGCUGAUGAUGUCACCGCCCGCGUCGGACUCGGGUUCCGCGGCUGAGUUCUCCCCCUAUUCCAUCGACUCGGAGCCGGGGAGCCCCCUACUGGACGAUGCCAAGGUUAAACAGGACCCUGACUGCUCCCCCUCCUCUCUGGGGGUACCGGAUCGAUCUCGAGUCCUGCUCUGCACUCUGACCUUCCUCUGCCUCUCCUUCAACCCCCUCUCCUCUCUCCUGGGGGGCCGGGGGUCUUCGCUGGACUCCAGCCCAGGAGAGGGACCCCACGGCUCGGGCAGGACCAUGCUGGGGGUCCAGAACGCGGAGCCCCCCAGUGUGGACUGGCUUUCCUGGCUGCUCCCUGCUGUGUUGCUGUGGGUGGUGAAUGGGUCGCUGCUACUGGGAGUGCUGGCCAAGCUGCUGGUGCACUGGGAGCCCGUCACGCGGCUCCACUCCCCCUCCUCCCUCGCACACUGGAGGCACCGCAAGCAGGCUGACCUCGAUGUGGACCGGGGUGAUUUCUCCUCGGCCGGCAGUAACCUGCACACCUCCCUCUCUCUCCUCUCUCGCUCUCUCCCCCGCCUCUCGCUGGACCUCGCCUGCUCCCUCGCCUGGAACCUCAUUCGCUACUCCCUGCAGCGGGUCCCGCCCCUCCGCUGGGCCCUGCGCCUGAUUGGAGGGGGCGGGAGAGAGGGGGCGGGGCUGGAGGAGGAGCACAGGAAGAUUAGCGCUGGAGACGCUGCCCAGGUUUAUCACAGACUGAAUCAACUGCACCUCACAGGAAAGCUGCAAGGCAGCGCCCCCUACAGUCUGAACCUGGCGCUGAGCGCGGUGAACCUGGCGGAGAGCGCGGGGGAGAGGAUCCCAACCCCACUGCGCGCGGAGAUCUACGUGACUGCGGCCAUCGCGCUGAGGAGAGCACUGCGGAGACACUGCAACUGCCUGCCAGGGUACCUCCUGAGCUGUGCGGAGGAUGUGGCCCCGCACCUCUCGGACCCGAGGCCGGCCCCUGAUUCGCUGCGCUGGCUCUUCAGUCCUCUGGGGCGCCAGUUCUUCCUGAGCUGUGAUUGGACGGUGAGGUCCCCGGCGAGGGAGGGGCUGUACGCAUCACAGAGGGAGACCGUGGACCCCGUCUCUCAGCUCCGCAGUGUGUUCUGUGAGACGCUGUUGCAGAGAGCAGUGUUCUCCCUCAUCAGACCAGACUUUACCAUCAAACCGGCUGCAGAGGGAAGCAGUGAGUUCUCCAGUGCUCUGCAGUAUCUGCAGCUGCUGAACAGCUUCUCAGAUGAUACUGGAACCAGCAGCAGCGCCCAGAACUUCCCAGUGCAGCCCAGCCCGGCGAGCCACUCCGGAGGAGACCCCGUGUGCCGCUGGUGGGCGUCCGCCCUCACCCUGGCUGUCCAUUGGCUGCAGGGCGAUGAUGCGGCUGUGAGGUCACAGCUCUCGGAGGUGGAGCGCCUGCCCAAGAGCCUGCAGCUUCUCCACCACCCUCUUCCGAAGGCCCUGCUGCACCUGUGCAAGGCUAUGCAGAGCGAGGCUGAGCCAGGGGGACUGGCGCACUGCGAGAGAGCCAGCGGGUACCUGCAAGGGAGCCUCAACAUCACCAUGAGCCAGCCCAGCACUCAGGGAGUGAACAAGGCUGUAGAGCUCCUGUUAUGCGACCUCCUUCUGACCCUGCGGACCGGCCUAUGGCAGAAAGGGGGCUUGUCCGGGGGAGAGUCUAGCCCCGCCUCUGGCUCCCAAUUGGCCGGUUUCCAGAGGGACCUCAGUGCGCUUCGGAAACUGGGGAAAUACUUCAAAGAGGCACAGCGCAAGAUGUUUCUUCACGAGGCGAUGGUUCGCUUGAUGGCCGGGGCGAGUCCCACUCGCACUCAGCAGCUUCUGGAGCACAACCUGAGGAGGAGGAGCCCCCCGAAAUACACAGCGGAGAGGGAUGAUGACAGUACCCGCACCCUCUUCCCGGGAGACAGCGAGCGAGCCCGCGCGAUCCUCCUGGCUUGUCGUCACCUCCCCCUGCCUCUCCUGACCCCUCCUGGCCAGAGAGCGGUACUGCUGGCCGAGGCGGCCCGCACACUAGAGAGAGUCGGGGACCGGCGAUCGCUGCAGGACUGUCAACAAAUCCUGCUCAGACUGGGGGGGGGCACCACCAUGGCAGCCUCCUGAGACACCCCCCCCCCCAAACAGAACCCGGGUUCAAGACUCCCGCUGAUCCAGUCCUGGUUUCACUAGGAGUUUAAUAAUAAGACACACCUGAGCUUGUUAGCUAGAGACACUGGGGCUGAUCAAGCUGGUAGCAGUAAAACCUGGACUGGAUCACACUGCCGUGCGAUAGGAGUCUGAUUCCCCUCCCUGAUCUCUCUGUCUAAAUAUCCCACAGUUCCCAGCAAUAUCCUGUAGCUCUCUUCACUAUAAAAUCAGCUACAAACCUCCUUCAACCAAAGUCUAUCUCCAGGGCUGGGAAUCAGACUCCCGCUGCACAGCAGUGUGAUCCAGUCCUGCUUUCACUAGGAGUUUAAUAAUCAGACACACCUGAGCUUGUUAGCUAGACACACUGGGGGCUGAUCAAGCUGGUAGCAGUAAAACCUGGACUGGAUCACAGGGAGGGAUCCUAACCCUAUAAAUGAAAUGCAAAAUGUAUUUAUCUAGAUAAUCCACACACACGCACACACACAACGUGCAAACGUAUCACAGCGCCCCCUGUCGCUUCUGCAGCGUCGAUACACCCUGCUGGUGAAGUCAGACCACCGGAACCUGAAAUCUGAGGGAAGUGACCCCAUCUGUGUUUGUCUAACUGACUUUGAGUCGACCCACAGCAGCGAUUUAAAACUGCAGAGAGAAAAGCAACAGACGCUAACGGUAGACUUUUUCCAAGGCGUUUUAAACACGUCUCCUAAUGAAUGAAUCGAAGCACGGAGAGGAGGCACAUUUUCACACUCGAGAGCGACUUGAUUCUGCGUCUCCGGGUGAGGAAAUUGAAAUUCUCCCGCCCGGAGGAGUUUUCAUGCAGGAGGGUUUGUAAAGAACGAACAACAGAGAGAAAUGUGAUCCAUCCACACGCGGCUGUGAGAUUAGAGAUCUGAUAUCGUCUCCUAUUCAUUCGAUUCCAGUAUUUUUUAAAAAUGAAUCCUGCCUUCCUACAACAUGGCUAUUAUACAUAAUAUUAAUAAUAAUAAUAAUAUUAAUAAUAAUAAUAAUAUUAAUAAUAAUAAUAAUAAUAAUAAUAAUAAUAAUUGAUGGUAUUGUUGCCUGUUUGUAUUAUUAUUAUUAUUAUUAUUAUUAUUAUUAUUAUUAUUAUUAUUAUUAUGUAUAAUAGCUGUUUUAAGGCCAGUUUGAUUUCCUUUCUCAGUUUGAUUUCUGUUCUAAAAUGUCUUUCAAUUUUUCAUUGUGGGUUAAUUUUGCACGGGGACCGUGGCGAGUCAGACUUUUUUGUAAUUUUUAAUUUAAUUAUUGUUUUAUUUUUGUCGUUGUUGUAUUCGAUCUGCACAAACCGCUCAUCUGAAAUGCCCGACAAAAGAAUGAACAUUUUUCAAUGGUUUUAUAAAUGUGUAGACUUACUGAAUUAACAAAAAACUACAGCUCCCAGCAUGCUUCAGCACCAGCAGUAACAGCGAGGGAUGAUGGGAGCUGUAGUUCUUUAGACAGGCGAGCGUAGAAAGACCCGCGUUCUGAGCGAACACGUGGGUGUUUAGCGUGACGUUGCAGUCUGUGGGGUUUCUAUCAAGAACUACAGCUCCCAGCAGCCCUUGGGGUUACUGUUUUUUUUUAGGUUUGCUUGAAUCUUUCUGUAAAGCGUUUUGAGAUUACUGUAAUGAAAGGCGCUAUAUAAAAUAAAUCUAUUAUUAUUAUUAUUAUUAUUCUUGUUGCAUGCUGGGAGCUGUAGUUUAUUUAUCCCUGAAAAGUGAGGCCUUCUCUCUCUCUCCCGCCCCCCCCCGCCCCUCUCUCUCUCUCCCUCCCCCUCUCGCCUCUCCCUCCCCCCUCUCUCCCCUCCCUCUCCCUCUCGCCUCCCUCCCCGCCUCUCCCUCUCGCCUCUCUCCCCUCCCUCUCCCUCCCUCUCUCUCCCCUCCCUCUCUCUCCCUCUCCCCUCCCUCUCUCUCCCUCUCCCUCCCUCCCCUCCUCUCUCCCCUCCCUCUCUCUCCCUCUCCCUCCCUCUCGCCUCUCCCUCCUGCCUCUCUCCCUCUCCCUCCCUCUCGCCUCUCCCUCCUGCCUCUCUCCCUCUCCCUCCCUCUCGCCUCUCACCUCUCCCUCUCCCUCCCUCACUCCCUCCCCCUCUCCCUCUCUCUCUCUCUCUCUCAGGAUUUCUGAAGAACAUCCUUUUAGUUUCUUUAGGGUUGUAUCUGUGUGUCUUGAGUUUGUCGUCGUGUAUAUAUAUAUAAAUGUGUGUUCAAAUGUUUGUUUUCGUCUGGGUGGGAAAAAAUUCUGUAAAACAAAAAAAAAAGAUAGAAAAUUCGAGAAAUGAAUCUCGGAUUUCAGUUUAUUUGUUUUGUAGAUGUUUGUUUUUUAAAUAAAACGGUUGUAGCAACACAUCGUA